GUUGUGCAGCCAUAAAAAGACUCGAGUGAGCGUGGACUAGGGCAGAACCAAGCAGUCCUGCACGCGCACCGCAGCAGCCUCGCAGAAACGCCUCCCCGACUCCUUCCUUUUGUUGUUGUUGUUGUUGUUGUUGUUGUCGGUUGCGGUCAAAGAUGUUCCGGACUUUGAAGGUUCUGGUGCUGCCGCUGGUUCUGCUGUGCUCGUGGAAGGAAGCGCAAGGGUGCAGCUGCGCCGCCACGCAUCCGCAGCAGGCGUUUUGCCAAGCGGACGUCGUCAUCAAGGCCAAGGUGGUUGGAGGGAAGGCCGACGGUGACUUUAUCAAACCCAUAAAGUAUGACAUCAAACAGACCAAGAUGUUCAAAGGCCCUGACAAAGACUUUGAUGCCAUCUACACUGCGCCAACAUCUUCAUUAUGUGGGGUCACUCUCGCUAAAGGCAUAGAGUAUCUCAUUGCAGGUCGACUGGAGUCCGACGGUUCGCUGCACGUCACCCUGUGCAACUUCCUGGAGCCGUGGGACGUCUUGAGCGCCACGCAAAAGAAAAGCCUGGUGCAGCGCUACCAGAUGGGAUGCGAUUGCAAGAUCACGCGCUGCACCUCGGUCCCGUGCGGCAUCAGCAGCCCGGCCGAGUGCCUGUGGACGGACUACCUGACGGAGAAGAUGACCAACGGCAAGCAGGCGCGACACUUUGCCUGCAUCAUGAGAAGCGACGGCUCCUGCGCCUGGUACAGGGGGGCUGCCUCACCUAAAAAGGAAUUCAUGGACAUCGAAGACCCUUGAAUCGAUUUAAAAAAAGAAAAAAAAUGCAGUGUAUUUUUAUUUUUUACCAUGGUGAGAAUUCAGCACUUUCUGACUCUAAAGCACUUCUGUACAAACUACUGCUUCAGCAGAAAUAAACGCAAUCCACACAAGUCGGUAUUAGGCUUUACUGCAAUGUUAUGACUGUUUGUAAUGUCUGACUUUUUUUUUUUUGUCUUCUGAUAAGCCAAAUAUAUUUAAUUACGCGAUGGUGAGGUGGGAGUGGAAAGAGGGUUGAUCCUUCCUGUAUUUUAUAUGCUCAUAUUUGUAAGAUGUUAAGGUGAUCAUUCUGCUAAGGGCAAAGACGUUUAUGUGAAGUCAAUUCAUUUCAGUGUUUGGAAUAAUAUUGUACCUUUUUCAAAAAAAAAGUUUAUUAAAUACGAUUACAGUAA